AUGGAAAAACCCUUCACUCUGUUCGUAUCGGAGCGAGAAGGAGUAGCAGUGGGCGUACUUACCCAGGCUUUAGGGUCAUGGCAAAGACCAGUGGCAUACUUGUCAAGGCAACUAGACACAGUAGCGCAGGGAAUGCCACCAUGCCUGCGGGCUGUGGCAGCAGCAGUAGAAGCAAACAAAUUGACUUUAGGGCAGCCACUGGUCGUAAAGGUACCACACCAUGUGAAGGCACUGUUAGACACCAAGGGACCACGCUGGCUCACAAACGAGAGACUGACUAAGUAUGAGGGGGUGUUAUGUGACAACCCAAUGGUAACCCUGGAAACUUGCGCCACCCUGAAUCCGGCUACCUUGUUGCCUGCCCCGGGGGAGGAGAUGAUCCACCAGUGCAUUCAGGUGAUGGAACAGGUAUACUCCAGCCGACCCGAUUUAAAAGACGUACCAAUGUCCAACAUAGACAUGACCCUAUUCACAGAUGGCAGCAGCUUCGUGGAAAAUGGUGAGAGGCGUGCAGGGUAUGCGGUGGUACGGGGGGGGGGAGAGAUUUUGGAAGCAGAGUCGCUCCCUCCGGGAACCUCCGCUCAGCGGGCCGAGUUGAUAGCCCUCACCAGGGCACUGCAGUUGGCAAAAGGAAAGCGGGUCAAUGUCUACACGGAUUCAAAGUACGCUUUUACUACGCUUCAUGCCCAUGGAGCUUUGUACAAGGAGCGGGGACUCCUUACGUCGGCUGGAAAGGGCGUUAAGAAUGCAGCUGAGAUUGUGGCCCUUCUGGAGGCGGUUUGGGAACCGGAUCGGGUUGCUGUAAUGUAA